GUGGCAAGUUGGAUCCGUGACGACGAAGCAGUGGAGAAGUUACACAAUAUAACCAAAAAACGUUAAUAAAUCAAGUUGUUUUUCCUGUAGUCUGGUUGUGAAAUUUAGAAUGUAUCGUGGCUAGUUGUUUCUGCGAUCUCAAUCCGAUACCUAGUUCGGGGAAAUAUCAGGGAAAAGUCCAUAUCAUCACAAAAGAAAUUAGCAGGCUUGCUAGUCGAGCUAGCCAACAGCAGCGUUUGCUUGUUAACAGUUGAGUUAGAUCGCGAUAAAACUAGAACAUACGUUUCCGACAAGGCGAAACUACUUACGGAGUUCUUUAAGUGACAUCGAACGCAUUCAAUCAAAGUUAACAGUUUAUUCAAAAAUUGAGGUAGUUUAGUUAUUUGAAGUUGAGAAGUGUGGUCGGUUUGCAGAGGCUUCCACUAAGGAUGUCUUGUAGAAGUGGAGUUGGCAGGGGGGGCACCUCGGGUGUUCAACCCCUCAAAGCCACAGUCCCCUUCCAGCUACACAACAAAGCCCAGCCGCGACUGAGGGAUGCCAAGACUGCCGAGAAGACCAAGUCACGUCCUCCGAAGCCGAGCAUUCGCCGAACCCUCUCCCUGGACAACAUGGUGGGACCCUACCUGCAGGGCCAGUGGCCCAAAGAGCCCCACCAGGCCUCCUGCGUCAAUGACAAAGCCACUCAGACGCCCAGCACCUGGCUGGACGAGUCGCGGGGCAGGAGGGCGGGCGUCGGCCACAAGCGCUCAGCCUCCUGGGGCAGCGCCGAACACCUGAAGGACAUCGCCAAACUCAAACACCACCUGCAGAAGCGCUCCAAGCACGGGCUCCCGGGUGGCCAGGAGCAGGAGCCUCAGCUCCAACAGCACCCCCUGCCUGCAGGGCACGCCCUAGGAGCCACACAGACGAUGCCCCUCACCCCCCUGUGUCGAGUGACCUCCCGCCUGCGUCACAGUGUGGAGGGUCUGAACCUGGAGCUGGAGAGGGUCUUUGUGCACGAGAGCCCUGUGGAGAGGCAGCAGAUCCUGGACGUCCCGGAUGGCCACAGGGCCCCCGUGCCCAGCGCCCGGAGGUGCAGCAGCGACCUCUCGCCCGCGCUCCUCUCCCCUCCCCCGUCCCCCAGCUCCGCGGGAGAGGCCGCGGACCCGGCGGACUGCGCCGCCCUGGGCUCGUCCCCCUCGCCCCCCCCGGGCAGCGCCGGCCCGUCCCCCUGCUCCCCGCGCCCCCGCAAGACCUGCAGCUUCCAGAGGGAGCCGCCCGAGGGCUGCGAGAGAGUGCGCGUGUGUGAGGAAGCGCUCUCUCCCUGCGAGGGCCAGUCCGCCCCCCGGCCCUCCUGCCCCGACCCCAACAAGGUCAACUUCACCCCCCACGGCGGCUCCGCCUUCUGCCCCGUCAGCCUGCUCAAGCCCCUCCUCCCCUCCAUGGACAUCCUGUUCCGCAGCCUAUCGGUGUCCCCCGUCACCGCCCGCCCCGGGCAGGGUGGGGCUCCCACGGUGGGCGGGUACCUGGGGCCCCUCCCGGACUCAGCCACCACCGCCAUGUGAUUGGGAGCGGAGCGGAGGGGGUGGAGACUGAAACAGGAUUGCCCCACGAAGAGGAAGACCCCAAAUCGAUCCAAAAAAAUAUAUGAAAAGAAAGGAAAGGGUGCUUCUCGCACUGAACUGCGUCAGUCUUUCUCUGCAGUGUCUGUAUGAAGACCUGCUCCCUCAGGAGCCCCCUGCUGGACUACAGGAGCACUGACCGAUAUGUUUAUCGGAUAUCUCGCACGAGGACUACUGAAGGCCCUAUUGCAUCACAAGUGAUGUCACAACUGGUUAGACAUGAGGACAGAAGGACCUAUCACAUUGCAGCUGUGCCUGUGACAUGAAGCCUGAAGGACCUAUCCCCUCGCAGGCCCGUCUGGCACAUGACGACGAAACGACCUAUCGCAUCUCAGGCAUGCCUGUGCCUCAAACUGCUUGGUGCACAAAGCCUGGCAUCACAUCUGUCAAUGAGAAAUGAAUCUGUUGGCCUGAAAAGAGAAAUGAAUACAAAAAAUGUUCACAUUGUCUCCUGUUAUGGACUACAAUAGUUUGGUUCCAUUUUGCCAGUUAGAAAAGAGGGGUGGCAAGCAUUCUUAAUGGUGUUCCAGUGCCUGAAGUACAAGCCAACUAAGAACCUCAGGGCCAGACCGCCGCUCUUCCGAACAUGGCCACCUGUCUAUCACUGUGAACUUUUGGAGGUGAAAGCGCAGUCACAACAUGCAGCCAAUUUGAAAGAUUCAACCUUGCUACGAAUUUAGUAUGAAUUUCGAAGAGGAUGUUAUGUGGAUUGCCCUCAAGGUUUCCCGUGCGUAGUACUUUGAUCCGUUUUUGGUUUGCUUUGCUAUAUUGAAGCAGAACUGACCUGCUGUCAUUCCGGGUAUUGACGCAAGCAAGGCUAAGAUGAAAGCAUUAGCCUUGAGCAGUUGAUUCACAGCGCCACACACACCCCACACUCAAACAGCUCUACAAAGCUCUUUAGCCUCCUGUGCCUCACAUCUAUUAGUACCGAUCUUUGACACGUACUGAGACAAUAAAUGGCCGAUGUUCCACUGUGUUAAACAAAAUUCAGAUGUAACAAUCUGAGAUUAAAUUUGCCUUUUGAAACAAACCAAAAAUACCACAUGCCAAUGCUGGAUGGUUUUAAUAUUUAAAUAUUAAUAUUUAUUUGCAGUUUCAGCUUAAAGGGUAUUCAUUUUUUAACCGAAGUCAAACCUAGGAUGGGGAAGUCCAUUAUGAAUAAAGGCAGGAUUGUAACUUUUAAGACUUUCAUUUUUAUCUUAAACAAAAUUGCAGUUACAGCAAUGUACUGCAAUGUACAACGUGGAGUGCACUGCUAUAAAGCAUUAUACUUUAUGAACAACUUGGGAGUUCUUCUUUUUUGAGGUAUGGGGGCAUGUCCUGCUUCGAUUCAGUUUGACAGUAUUUCAUUAUUUUACGAAUGCCUCCCCACUGGUAAACAACUAGAUAUUUAAAUAUUUCCUAUGGUUUUGUUUCCGUUUGGUUCAGUUCUGCUAGCGCUUCGGUUUGGUCUACAAAGUUGUGCCAAAAUGCUGAGAUGUGAAACUGGUAGUCCCUAACAGCGAAAGUGGCAACCCUAUAUUAAAACUAAAGCAAGGCUUCGUAAAGACCUUUAAACUAAGAUUAUUUUUCAUUAAUUUGUAUUGUAUUUAUGAGCUUCAACAUUUAGACUACAGCAGAAUAGACAUGCACAUUUUCCUGUGGUAAUGUUCCUCAUGCUCUGCUUCCAAUGGACAAUGAUAAUCAUUUUGUUUAUAGUUUGUACAGUGUUCUAUUUUUCCACUCUGGCACAUUUCUCUAGAGGACUAUUUUGAAAUUAGUUUUUAGCCAGAUUUUCUUUUUCAAAGAUGCAAGUGUUAAAGCCUCACUUCAUUUCAGACCGUUUUGUCAUGCAUUUCACUUUAAUACUUUAUUAAGCGAAGUAGAUUGGCUGUAUGUUACUUGUGUCUGUUCAAAUAUAUGCUUAAACGUAUUACAAUAGUGCUGUCAUUUUUCCACUUUUGGCAUCUUACUGACAUUUUGUUAUGCAUUUUGACCAAAAGAUGUAUAUGAACAAUGCACUAAAUGUUUCUCACUGAGUAUGGAGAGUGAGUCUUCCUGUAUAUAUGCCGCGUUGAUUUGCAUAUGUGAACAACAUUACAGGGGAAGAAAAUAAAUGUUGGCGCACUGAAGUUGCUUGAAUAUGGUACAGGUCACUGUUAAAAAGGAAAUAAAACUUGAAACCAUA